AUGGCAUCAAAACUCGUGUUACCCUCCAUUGUCAAAGAAGUGAGGUUUUUCCUCUCGCAAACCGGUGAGGCAUCAGUCCCAUUGAGAACAUUCUUGAGCCAGUCGUACCCAGCCCUGAGAAAGGCCAACCCAGAUACCUUGAUUCUGGUGAGAGAAGCUUACGGCAUACCUCCUAGUCUGACUACCAGACUGGAGAAGGGAAAGGAAAUCAAGACAAGUUUGGAAGGUUUAAGUCCAGCAGAUAUAGCAAAGGCACUGAAGUCUGUUGCCGAGUAG